CUUACUGCCUUCCUCUCUCUCUCUCCUGUAGCAUCCGUUCAUCACGGCCGCCAAGCCAGUCACCAUCCUGAGAGACCUGAUCACUGAGUCCAUGGAGAUGAAGGCUAAGAGACAACAGGAGCAGCAGAGAGAGCUGGAGGAGGAGGACGACUCUGAAGAGGAGGUGGAAGUGGACUCCCACACCAUGGUGAAGUCUGGGUCAGAGGGGGCUGGCACCAUGAGAGCUACCAGCACCAUGAGUGACGGAGCUCAGACCAUGAUCGAGCACGGCAGUACCAUGUUAGAGGCAGACCUGGGAACCAUGGUCAUCAACAGUGAUGAGGAGGACAACGAUGAAGGCUCAAUGAGGAGACACCCCACCUCCCAGCAGGCCCUGAGACCCUCCUUCAUGGACUACUUUGACAAGCAGGACUCUAAGGUCCAACAGGAGAGCUAUAACCAUAACCGGCAGCAGGAACCAGGCUAUCACAUCAGCCAGGCUAAGAACGUCUUCCCUGACAACUGGAAAGUUCCGCAGGACGGAGACUUUGACUUU